GUCCGGGUUCGCUUGCCUCGUCAGCGUCCGCGUUUUUCCUGGCCCCCCCCAACCCCCCCGGACAGGACCCCCUUGAGCUCGUCCCUCAGCUGUCACCAUGAGCGACCAAGAUCACUCCAUGGAUGAAAUGACAGCUGUGGUGAAGAUUGAGAAAGGAGUUGGUGGCAAUAAUGGGGGCAAUGGUAAUGGUGGCAGUGCCUUUUCUCAGGCUCGAAGCAGCAGCACAGGCAGUAGCAGCAGCAGUGGAGGAGGAGGAGGACAGGAAUCCCAGCCAUCCCCUUUGGCUCUGUUGGCAGCAACUUGCAGCAGAAUUGAAUCACCUAAUGAAAACAGCAACAACUCCCAGGGCCCAAGCCAGUCAGGGGGCACAAGUGAGCUGGACCUCACAGCUACACAACUCUCACAGGGUGCCAAUGGCUGGCAGAUCAUCUCUUCCUCCUCUGGGGCUACUCCUACCUCAAAGGAACAGAGUGGCAGCAGUACCAAUGGCAGCAAUGGCAAUGAGUCUUCCAAGAAUCGUACUGUCUCUGGUGGGCAGUAUGUUGUGGCUGCCGCCUCCAAUUUACAGAACCAGCAAGUCCUUACAGGACUACCUGGUGUGAUGCCUAAUAUUCAGUAUCAAGUAAUCCCACAGUUCCAGACUGUUGAUGGGCAACAGCUGCAAUUUGCUGCCACUGGGGCCCAAGUGCAGCAGGAUGGUUCUGGUCAAAUACAGAUCAUACCAGGUGCAAACCAACAGAUUAUCACAAAUCGAGGAAGUGGAGGCAACAUCAUUGCUGCUAUGCCAAAUCUACUUCAGCAGGCUGUCCCCCUUCAAGGCCUGGCUAAUAAUGUCCUCUCAGGACAGACUCAGUAUGUGACCAAUGUACCAGUGGCCCUGAAUGGGAAUAUUACUUUGCUACCUGUUAACAGUGUUUCUGCAGCUACCUUGACUCCUAGCUCUCAGGCAGUCACAAUCAGUAGCUCUGGGUCCCAGGAGAGUGGCUCACAGCCCGUCACCUCAGGGACUGCCAUCAGUUCUGCCAGUUUGGUGUCAUCACAAGCCAGUUCCAGCUCCUUUUUCACCAAUGCCAAUAGCUAUUCAACAACUACUACCACCAGCAACAUGGGAAUUAUGAACUUUACCACCAGCGGAUCAGCAGGGACCAGUUCUCAAGGCCAGACAUCCCAGAGGGUUAGUGGGCUGCAGGGUUCUGAUGCUCUGAACAUCCAGCAGAACCAGACAUCUGGAGGCUCACUGCAAGCAAGUCAGCAAAAAGAGGGAGAGCAAAACCAGCAGUCUCAGCAACAACAACAAAUUCUUAUCCAGCCUCAGCUAGUCCAAGGAGGACAGACCCUCCAGGCCCUUCAAGCAGCACCGUUGUCAGGGCAGACCUUUACAACUCAAGCUAUCUCCCAGGAAACCCUCCAGAAUCUCCAGCUUCAGGCUGUUCCAAACUCUGGUCCCAUCAUCAUCCGGACACCAACAGUGGGGCCCAAUGGACAGGUCAGUUGGCAGACUCUUCAGCUGCAGAACCUCCAAGUUCAGAACCCACAGGCCCAGACAAUCACCUUGGCCCCAAUGCAGGGUGUUUCCCUGGGGCAGACCAGCAGCAGCAAUACCACCCUUACACCCAUUGCCUCAGCGGCCUCUAUCCCCGCGGGCACAGUCACUGUGAAUGCUGCUCAACUCUCCUCCAUGCCUGGCCUCCAGACUAUUAACCUCAGUGCUUUGGGUGCUUCAGGAAUCCAGGUGCACCAGCUUCCAAGCCUGCCAUUGGCUAUAGCAAAUGCUCCAGGUGAUCAUGGAGCUCAGCUUGGCCUCCAUGGGGCCAGUGGUGAUGGAAUACAUGAUGAUGCAGCAGGAGGAGAGGAAGGAGAAAACAGCCCAGAUCCCCAACCCCAGGCUGGUCGGAGGACCCGGAGGGAAGCAUGCACCUGCCCCUACUGUAAAGACAGUGAAGGAAGAGGCUCUGGGGAUCCUGGCAAAAAGAAACAGCACAUUUGCCACAUUCAAGGCUGUGGCAAAGUGUAUGGCAAGACCUCACACUUACGGGCACACUUGCGUUGGCAUACAGGAGAGAGGCCAUUCAUGUGUACCUGGUCAUACUGUGGGAAACGUUUCACACGUUCAGAUGAGCUACAAAGGCACAAACGCACGCACACAGGUGAGAAGAAAUUUGCCUGCCCUGAGUGUCCCAAGCGCUUCAUGAGGAGUGACCACCUGUCAAAGCAUAUCAAGACCCACCAGAAUAAGAAGGGAGGCACAGGUGUAGCCCUGAGUGUGGGCACGUUGCCCCUGGACAGUGGGGCAGGUUCAGAAGGCAGUGGUGCUGCCACUUCUUCAGCCCUUAUUACCACCAAUAUGGUAGCCAUGGAGGCCAUCUGUCCAGAGGGUAUUGCUCGUCUUGCCAACAGUGGCAUCAACGUCAUGCAGGUGGCGGAUCUGCAGUCCAUUAAUAUCAGUGGCAAUGGCUUCUGAGAUCAGGCACCCAGGGCCAGAGACAUAUGGGUUAUACCCAUUAACCCUGGGAUGCAAGGUAGCAUGGGUCCAAGAGACAUGUGGGAGAGAGAGCCAUGAGGCAUUAAAAUGCAUGGUGGUGGGAAGAACUGGGGAGGAAUACAAGAGAAGAGAUGGGGUCCUGGCACUUACCUAUAGCAUCAGUGCCUCCUUGCAGUGGAAAACAUCAGUGAAAAUUCUGUUGGUGCCACCCUUUGAUGAGAGUUUGUUUGACCCCAGUUUCUUCUUAUAUUUCUUACCCAGCUUCCCUGUCCUGCGUUUCCCUUCUCAGAUCCCUCAUGAUGGAUCCCCCCCUUUCCUAAAGCCAUCAUGCCUUGAUAAAUAUAUAUGAUCAUUGAAAUACUUUUUAACAAAAAACAGAUUCUAUAUUAUAUAUAUAUAUAAAAGAUAUAUAGAGAUGCAUUUGCAGGGGUUGGCUGGGAGGAGGAAGGAGACCAUUCUAUGACCAAAAUACCUUGGUCAUUUUUUUAUAUUGCCUUAUUUCCUUAUGGCUGAGCCUUGUUGUGACACAUCAAGCUUCUGUAGAUGUUGUCUUGGCUUCCCACUAGAUUAAGCAUCCAUAUGCUCUGCUUUUAGUUUAUAUAUACAUACAUAUUAUUUUUCUUAAUUUUGUCUUUUUAUUUGGGAUCAGCUUCUUGCACUCCUUUCCUGACUCCAUCCUUUCUGUCUCCCUUUCUCUCACUUGAUCAUUUCAUGUUUUUGGAAGUGAUCCCUGGAUGAGGCACUUCUGUGAAUCUUUUAAAGUCUUAAGUACCAGCAGCAGAAUGGAGAAACCUUGAAGCCCAGGAUGAUGCUUGAAGUAACUGUGUGUGGAGAAAGUGUUCAAAAUACUGCUUACUGACGCAGGCACCCUCUUGGUGCUGGAGAGUCAAGGGCACCACUCCAUCAGCUGCUCUAAGCAUCACGAGUCAGAAGUCUUUCUAUGUAAUUGUACAAGAGAUCCUUUGAAGAUUAUAAUCUGGGAUCAGUUGUAUAAAUUAUCAAAAGAUGGUCACGUCAUAAGUGGGGGCUUUUAAUAAGAAAAUGAUGUGCUCAGAAGCAGAAGUGACUCAGUAGUCCAGUUCAGGAGUUAGUGGAGUAUUUGGACUUUUGUACAGCUGUCUUCCAAGGUGGCUCUAAGCUUUGAUUUUACAUAAGCUGAGUUCACAUUCUGAAAGGAAGUACGCUUCCUCUUUUGAACAUCCCCAGUAGUGUCUUUCCCGUUAUGUUAUUAAGGAGCAUCAGGCAAUGAAUCUCUUCCGGGUUUCCAUUCUGCAGAACUCCAGAGCAUGGACUAGUGGCAAGGCAGUGGUCCUUUGAUCUUUUCCCUUAUCUCUUCCUUGGGUGGUUCCUAAGGAAAAAGGAAGCACAUGAUCAUGGGAACAAUAGCCCAGAACAAAAACCACUGUUGUUUAUGGGAGAGAUCAGGAGAAACCAUCCUACUUUCUUCAUGGCCUAAUUCCUGAAGAGACUGAUCCAAAAAUUAUAGCGGCAGGGAACUCUUAGUGCAUUUGGCACUGAGAUUUAAAUGCAACCAGAGUUGUCCUCAAGGCCCAGCCAUUAAAACAUCGGCUCUCUUGACCUUCUGGUGUCUUGUCAGAGGGCUUUUCACUGUGAGGAAGUGUGGAAAUGGCUGCGUGUAUGUGUGUAAUCUGUUAGGUUGGGGAUAGGUUUUCUGUUAGCCUUUACUAAAAGAGACCUGCAAUAAAAAAUUACCCUGAUCUGAUAGUGAAGUGUUUGUGUAUGACUGUGUGUGAGUGUGUGUUCGUGCCUGUAUAUAUCUACACACAGAUGAGAAAUUAUAUUUAACAUUGUUGGAAAAUAAAUUCAGAUCAAAAUGCCUUUCAGGCCCAUUACCUAGAAAUCUAUCUUAAAAUCUAGGUAUGUUCCUGAGGUCAUUUCUUUGCUUAUGCUAAAUUAGUUACAAUUAUGAAUGGGGGAUAUUUUUUUAAUAUAUUUUAUUGAUUAUGCUAUUACAGUUGUCCCAAUUUUUCCCCCUUUGUCCCCCUCCACCUGGUACCCCCAGUCCCUCCAGCAGUCUCCCCACCACCGUAGUUUGUGUCCAUGGGUCAUGCAUAUAAGUUCUUUGGCUACUCCAUUUCCUAUACUGUUUUUAAUAUCUGAAUGGGGGAUAUUCUACUGCACUUUUAAAAGAAGAAACUAUUGUGUUUGAAGGUGAAACCAUCUAUUGCAGAAUCCUAGUUCCUUUCAUAAUUUUUUUUACCUUGACUACAAACAGAUGAUGCUAUGAUUCUACUAUAUUUUUAUAUAAAAUCUAUCCAAAUUAGGGUUUGGGUAAGUGCAUUGUUUAACCUGCAGUACAAUAACUGUUAACAUUCUAAACAAAGUCGAUUCCACUUUGUCCUUUCUCUGCAGACUUAAUACUGUUUUAACACUCAGGAACCAUUGCAAGGAAUUUUCUCCAGAUCAAAUUAAUACUAAAGUAAAAGUCAUCCAAGCCCAGCCGUAUGUCACAACCCUUUAUUGCCUGAAGGGCAGAACUCAAGAGUCUGUUAUUUUAUGGCUGUAAUCAUGUACAUAGACAUCUUUUGGAGAAAAGAGGCAGGAUAACUCACUGGAGUUUGCAGUAUUUUGCUAGAGCAUUUGAAGGAAUGGAAUCUUCCCCAGUAUGAAAUUAUUAAACUAGCUUACUGAAGCUGAGGACUACAAGCUUUUAGGAUGUUAUUUUAAUGAUGUUUCUCUCUGGCAUGGAAUGUUGGUUUACCCUCCACCCCUUUCAUUAGCAUUAAUAUGAGUGAAUUUAUAUCUAAUUCUUUCCACUUGCCCUAUUUUCUUCUCACCAAGGAAGCUCCAGACCCUGUAUCUUGUUGGGCCCCACAAUUGAAGCAGCUUCUGCUUUUGUCUCCCAGCAGCAGUGAGCCCGUCUUUUCCACAGGAAGUUUGGAGCCUACAUUCCUUGAGUCAGGAGCUAUUGCUGAAAAUCCCUUUUUUUGAACUUUAGUCAGCAGAAAUUAGUGUAACUGACAGGCAUACUGAUUCUAAAUUUUUUUUACAUGAGUUCCUUUUUUAUUUAAUUUUUAACAAAAACGACCAAACCUUGGAGAGGAGUGGUAAUAUUAAAGCACUCAUUCCCUUGUUCUUUCAGGUUGCCCAUUCACUUUCAUUUGCUUGUCAUUUGACUUGUCGCACUUUGCACCCGGAGCAGUAACAGCCCACACCAUCUUCCUUCAGGGACCUCCCAGUCGGCACUGUGUGGGUGCUAUGCAGAAUUAAGUAUAAUGGAUAUUUCUCAGCCUGGUUCAGAAUAAUAGAACCCUUGAUCCCAGAAAGAAUAGACUGCAGUGUGGAGUAAAGAUUAUGAUCGGGGGAGGGUUAGAGACAAAAGCUGUAAAUUACUAUGGCUGGUUGAUUUUUUUCUACUAUAUACAUAUAUAUAUAUUUUUUGCUUUUAUAUAUCCUACAUAGGAAACUAAGCAUUGUAUUUUUUUAACAAAUCUGAGAAAGCACUAUGAACUGCAGAUGUUUGACUUUCAGAAUAUAUUUUGUAUUACUAUCUUCACAUUGUGCGAAUGAAUACUGGAAGCUGCAGAUCUUUGCUAGGAUGCAAUAAAUUUAUAUCCUUUUCGAGGGGUUCUUCUGGGGGUAUUAAUCAAGCCCCUGUUAUGUUUUGAGGGAGCUCUGGUGCUACUUGCUUAAAGUUUUCAUUCAAUUGUAAGUACCCUGAUGCCUUUUGGACCUUGGGAUCAGAUCAAACGAGUUUUGGAGAUCCAGGUACCAAGGAAAUGAAGAUAGUCUAGCUGCCUCAAGUGAGGUGCCCUUUGCAUAGCUCUCCUUCCCCCUGUUCAAAGCUGGGUAGCCUCUUGGGGUUGGGAGGGAAAAUGUGAAAUCUCAGUUUCAUCUCCCUUAGAAGAGAGCCGGUAACUUAUGUGCAAGGAUGAAAGGUGGCAGCAGUGGCUUUGGGGAAAGGGAGGAGGACAUGGCACUUCUCCAACCCCGGAAAACUGCUUUUGAAAACUGCUGAUAAAAUAUGGGCAGGUUGCUUUACUUUUGUUUGGGAGCCUGUGCUCUCUCCGGUGCCUCUCUUGGCUUUCCUCCUGGGGUACAGACCUCUUCUGGGAGGAUGAGCAGACCAGCUUUGAGGUUGACCUGUUUCUUUUCUUUGUCUGCCUUCCCUAAACACCACCCCCCAGGAAGACAUUAAGCAGCCUGAAGCUUAAAUUCCUGCUCUCCCAGAUUUGGCUCACUUGCCUUAGAUUUGAAGGUUGGGAAAGGAAAAAAGGGGGUGUCCCUGGAUUCAUUCCUCCCCUAUGUCUUCUCCAACUUUGAUUUCCAAAACUCAAAUAGAUUUCCUCCACAAAGUUCAUUUGAGAGAGAUGAGUAUUUUGUCCCAUUUUUCCCUUUCCUCAUCAAACAACUCCAGCCCGCCUUGCAUCUGCUGGGUGAGAGAUGUGAUUUGUCCCUCAACUUCUUCAGUAUCAGGAAAAAAAGGCAUAACAAAUUGGGUUAAGCUGGAGCUGCAGGUAGUGAUGACUGUUGAUACCUCUCCUGGGGUGUGUGUUUCUCUCACCUUCAGGAAUGACACUGUGCCUUCUCCACAAUGGAAAGGGCUUUGUCUGCUCAGCCCUCUACUUUCUCAGCAACUGCUCUUGAACAGUGUGGACAAGGGCAGGUCUUCAUAUUUCUUAUCACCCCUUUCUCCCAAUGGCAUCCUAUAGCCCUCACUUGGAAUCUAGGGCUCAAAGACUUUGGGGUAAAAUGGGGAAAAUAUGCUGGGAUUGACCUGAGGAUUCCCCUUCUACAGCUGCCAAUAGCAGCUGUGCUAGGGCUUGCUAGGGCCUGCUUCCUCUUCCCAAGUCUGUCAUCCUUGGAGGAGAGGGGGCCGUUGCUCCAGCCUCUGGUGCCUAAACCAACUUUAUUUCUCUCUUAACACUGGCAAUAACCAGUCUUCAUACCACUGUUGCCUUUUUAAACCUCUUAAUAAUUCAUACUGUGUUGUUGGUUCCAAUCCAAUUAUCACCAGGGCUGUGUGGAGAAAUAUUUUUAAAUGCUCUCUCAUCUUGGUCCCCCCCCCCCAUUCUGUAUGUAUGAUGCUAAUCUCUCUUGUCUUUCAGUUUCUUCCUGCUCUUUUGUAUCUUUCUUGUGUCUCCUCCUACCUUUUGUGUCUGGGUGUUUUGGGGCGCUUUUUUUUUUUUUUGCCUUUUUGUACAAAGAUUAGUUUCAAUGUAGUCUGUAGCUCCUUUGUAAACCAAUUAAAAAUUUUUUUUAAUAAAAA